UCAAAGUGGCAGUUUUGCUACGCUGCUGCUGAUGCUGGGUACAGUGGAACAGCUUCGUGGUUUCUUUGGAGCAUCGAAGACACCAAGAGUCAGGCGACAUCUUGGAAAUUCCCAGUAGGAGAGGCAGUAGAAGAAAGAAUUGUAGCCGACGAGAAUGUAUUCAGCAAUGGAAAAUGCGAUGUAGGCUGAAAAUAGGGAUAGUGUACCACUUGAAGGAGUCACAUAUGCACAGCUGA